UAUGUAGUAGGUACCUAACAUAGAUUUACGAGUUAUAAUUCUAUGGUACCUAAUAUGUACUUAGAGUAGGACGGAGUUAUUGACGGAAUUGUAGAUAUUUUAUCUACUUAUUUCGUAUUGAACCUAUUCCUAUUAUCACUAAUUUAUAUGACCUCUACUUUAACUGUCAUAUUAUGUACUACGUCAAAGCUGAAAUAGGUAUUUUGAUAUCUUGUUUAUUUAAUUUUUAGAUGGUUUUAUAGUGUUUUGAUGAUUGUAUUUAUUUAAAUAUCAAUAAUGUCUAUACAAUAUGUAAGAAUCUACUACGGCCCACAUGAUUCAUUCUACACGGUUUGUCACAAACCUCAGAAACUACGAGGCAUUAGAGAGCACCUUCAAAAGUUGGGGUUCCGUGUCGACCUGGUUCCAGUGGAUUUCGUUAACUUGUGCGUGAUAGAGAUGUGUGGACACGAGGUAUUCAGAUGCAACAUACGGAACCUUUCCUUCAACACGUCAUCAGAACGUGAUGCGGUUGCUCGUCGGGCUAUCAACGCGGUCGUGGACUCCAACCUCAAGUUGUUGAGAAACAAGAACUAUCUAUGGUGCUGGGCGCUCAUCGACCAACAGAUAUUCAGGAGAAGUGAAUACGCUCCCAAAGACUACUGGCCGUUAGACGUGGACAACUUCGACUCCCUCGAAUGUACUGAGUGUUGUAAAAAUAUUAAAAAGACCAAGGCGUUUGACUGUGAGUGCGAAUAAUGCUCCAAACAACGAUUUGGUCAUCAUCAUC